AAAUUGAGCCCCACAUGGCGGCCCAAGCCAAAAUUCCUGUCGAUACUUAUAAUGGAGAAAUUUUGAUUCCAAAUUCCAAAAUUAGAGAUUGUGUAAUCAAGGAAACGCUUACUCAUGCUAUAAACGGUUAUGCCCUAGUUGACCUAGAAAAUCCUAGUAACACCUAUCAAGAAAUUUCCUUGUAUGAGCCUAUUGUUUCAUUUCCGUUCGACGCAAACAAUUACGCUUUAUUCCACGCUAUCAUUAAACCAUCUGAAUCAGUUUCGCCGUUGCGACAUGAUCUCAGUAAACUGAUACGAACAUCCCAUGUCAAUCAUGAAGAAAAAACUCAUAUUCUAAAAUUGUGUCAAACCUACUCCGACGUAUCCUAUUACGAGGGUGAUGCGUUAACUUUCACAAACCAAAUUAAGCAUCAUAGGAGGACCACAGAUGAAAUUCCUGUUCAUACAAAAUCGUAUCGUUAUCCACACAUGCUCAAAAAUGAAAUGCAAAGCCAAAUUAGAUCCCUUCUAGAUCCGAAUAUUAUUCGACAUAGUAGUUCAGCUUGGAAUUCUCCAGUUUUUCUCAUUCCCAAAAAACCUGAUGCUAGUGGUGAAAAUAAAUGGCGUAUGGAGGUUGACUAUCGACAGGUUAACGAAAAGACCAUAGAUGAUCGCUACCCCAUUCCAUGUAUUUCUGACAUUUUAGACAAAUUAGGUCGUUGUAAUUACUUCACAACUUUGGAUUUAGCUAGCGGUUUCCACCAUAUUGAAAUAGCCCCGGAAGAUAUUCAAAAAACAGCAUUAAGUGUUGAUGGAGGUCAUUACGAAUACCUUCGUAUGAGUUUUGGUCUUAAAGGAGCACCAAGCACAUUUCAGCGUGUUAUGGACAAUGUCUUGCGAGGACUAGAUAACCCUAUGGUGUAUAUGGAUGACAUCAUAAUUUAUUCUACUUCUUUACAAGAACACAUUGUAUCAUUGAAAAAGGUUGUCCAAAGAUUAAGUGAGACAAACCUCAAAGUUCAGUUAGAUAAAUCCGAAUUUUUGAAAAAGGAAGCAGCUUUUCUUGGUCACAUUGUCACAUCGCAAGGAGUAAAACCAAACCCCGACAAAAUUAAAAUUAAACAGUUUUUAGGUUUUAUUGGUUAUUAUCGUAAGUUCAUUAAGGACUUCGCAAAAAUCAAUCGCCCUUUCACCCUAUGUUUGAAAAAAGGAGCAGAAAUUAAACAUGACGAAAAAUUUCUCAAUGCUUUUGAACAUUGUAAGAAUCUCUUAACGAAUGAACCAUUAUUACAAUAUCCGGAUUUUGAAAAGCUCUUCAUAUUGACUACCGACGCAAGUAAUUUUGCUGUAUCAGCUAUACUUUGUCAAGGCCCUAUUGGCUCUGACAAACCAAUAGCUUAUGCAUCUAGAACAUUAAACGAUUCUGAACAAAAUUACAGUGCGACUGAAAAAGAAUGUUUAGCAAUAGUUUAUGGAACUAAGUAUUUUAGACAUUAUCUUUUUGGACGAAAAUUUAAAAUUGUAACAGAUUGCAAACCGCUUCAGUGGUUAAUGACUUUAAAAGAACCAAAUUCUAGAUUACAAAGAUGGCGCUUAAAUUAUCCGAAUUUGAGUAUGAAGUUAUAUACAAAAAAGGUAAAGAAAAUAAAAAUGUUGAUGCACUUUCUCGUAUUCAAAUUCACGCUACUGAAACUGACCCACAACCUUCUACAUCACAAAUCCAAGAUGAAGAAGAGUUCCCAUUUAUCCGAUACAUGA